CUGACGAAAGAAAAGUCGUGUUACCCAUAGCACCUGCACGAAGAUGAAACUCUGUGUUUUCGCUCUGGCAGUCCUUUUAGGACCCAGUGCCGUGCUCACUUGGAACCAAAAGUGUAUUCGCAAACCGGUUGGUUUUGGGCGAAGGACAACCGGUGGCCAGGGCGGCAGGUGGGUCACUCCAAGAAACACCAAUGAGCUCCGAAACUACUUGAAGAGCAAUGAAAAGCUAAUCAUCAACCUGGACCGCACGUAUGAUUUCACAAACUCUGAGGGGUGGAUCUCAUCCCGCGGAUGCUUUUUCCAGAAGUGUGGCGGUGGUUUCCAAGAGUCACUUGCACACGCUGGAACGUGCAACGGCAGACCCCCAACAACGGUGAAGUAUGCAAGGGCAGGGACAACGGAGCUUCUUGUCGGAUCCAACAAGUCAAUUUUGAGCAAAAACCGCAGAGGGGUCAUCAAAGGUAAAGGCUUGCGUAUUAAGAAUGCUAAUAAUGUCAUCAUAAAAGACAUCACCAUUACUGACAUCAACCCUGGAGUCAUUUGGGCGGGGGACGCUCUCGCACUUGACAAUGUGCAAAACGUGUGGAUACAUCGCGUAACUUUCAGGAGGGUCGGCCGCCAGCAUCUUGUCACUUACCAGAAAACAAACAAAGGGAUCACAGUCUCCUCUUGUCUUUUCGAUGGCACCACUACCAAUGCUGCCUACUGCGACAAGGAACACUACUGGGUGUGGCUCUUCUGGGGCACACAUGACGAGAUUACGUUGAUUAACAAUCAGAUUGUUAAUUCCGCGGGGAGACUGCCGCACGCUGGUGGAUGGUCAAAGUCCUGGAACUUAAUUCACCUAAUUGGCAACGAAUUUGUAACUAACCGCCACACUGGAAUAGAACCAAGGCUUGGAGGUCAAAUUCUUGCAGAAGGCAACAAAUUCAUCAACUUUAGAUACCCAGUAAAUCCAAACUCCAAGGGUGGUCACUUGGCCCUACCCAACGAUGGAAACGCUGCUAACAAAUGUAAGAGGUACUUUGGCCAGAACUGUCUGGUAAACAAAUACCAGAACUCUCCUGCUCCUAGUAGGUUCGACGAAGUUGUCCUCAACUACUUCAGUAAGCUGGACAGAGUUGCCAUCAACGGUGCACGGGCGGCCGCAUGCGAACGAUGAGCAAUCAAUCAGGGACACUCAUUAAAGACUGAAAAGCGAUUA